AUGCCGGAGCCCUCGGGGGGCCCCCGCCCCGCUGGGGCCGCCGGCGUAAAGAAAUCUCCCGCUGCUGCUGCUGCUGCUGCUGCUCCUGCUGCUGCUGCUGCUGCUGACAGCAAAAGCCACCUGUACUACGGGAAGAUAAGCGAGGCGGGGAAUGCUGCUGCUGCUGCAGUGCUGGAGGAGGGCCCGCCCGCGGGCCCCCCUGCAGCAGCAGCAGCAACAGCAGCAGCAGCAGCAGCAGCAGCGGGACCGCAGCAGCAAGAAAGACUCAAGGCCUUUCAAGUGCAGCAAACAGCAGCUUCUUUUAAAACAGCAGUUCCCACAAUUGACUCUGAUGUUCGAGAGGCCCUCAGGGGAAUGGGCGAACCAGUGACUUUGUUUGGAGAAGGGCCUUUUGAGCGGCGGUCGCGUUUGAAGGCUCUUGUUGCUGCUGGUCGGGAGUUGCCUUCGGGUGUAUGUACACCGCAGCAGCAGCAGCAGCAGCAGCAGCAGCAGCAGUUGCUGCAGCCGGCGGCGCGAGUGAUCGCGGUGAAGAAGCAGCCGGCGGCGAAGCAGGAGCCCGCUGCUGCGGAGCAGCAGCAGCAGCAGCAGCAGCAGCAGCAGGAAGAAGAUAUCGAGGGGACUUUCUACACAGAAGGCAGCAGCAAACUGCUGGCGUUCCGGCGGGCGUGUGCAGCAGCAAGCGCAGCAGCAGCAGCAAAGCGGCUGCAGCAGGAGCAGCUGCUGCGGCAGCACGCCCAGAAGCUGCAGCAGCAGCGCACCACUUGCUGCUUGCCCCCCUCAAGUCCUAUUCUUGACACAAUUUAUUUUAAUAAAUUUAUUCAAUCUAAAAUGCAACUUGCUGCUUCUGUUGUUGCAGACGAGCGGCCCCUCACUUGCUGCAAGUUCGCGCCUUCCACCGCCCUCGCAGCAGCAGCAGCAGCAGCAGCAGCAGCAGCAGCGGCGGCGGCAGCGGCAGCAGCAGCAGCAGCGAGGGGGCAGCGCGCCAGCGACCCCGCCGCCCCCGCCCAAGCCGCCGACGCCAACAGCAGCAGCAGCAGCAGCAGCACCAGCUGCUGCUGGGGGACUUUAAUUGCAACAGCUUCUUGGGGAGACAGCAUCAAAGUCUGGAGACCUGCUGAUGGUUUGCUGCUGCUGCAGCUGAAGGGCCGCCAAAGCCGCAUCAACUCUUUGGCCUGGGCCCCACGGCCAGUGGCCGAGCAGAGUCUGCUGCUCGCUAGCGGUGCAGCAGACGCGACAAUCGCUCUGUACGAUUUGGGGAAACUGGCGAAGGAAGAAGUUAAGGGACUUGCUGCUGCUUCGCAGCAGCAGCAGCUGCUGCAGCAGCAGCAGCUGCUGCAGCAGCAGCUGCUGGUCGGCAGCCUCAAGGGCCACGAAGACCGAGUCAACAAAGUCGUCUUCCACCCCACAGGCCGCGCCUUGGGCUCCACUUCCCACGACGAGACUUGGCGGCUGUGGGACUUGGAGACGCAGCAGGAGAUUUUGCUGCAGGAGGGCCACAGCAGCGGGGUGUACGGGCUGUGCUUCCACCCCGACGGGUCGCUGGCAGUGUCUUCGGACUUGGGAGGAUUUGUGAAAGUUUGGGAUUUAAGAAGUGGCAGAGGAGUUUUGGACUUGGGGGCUCACGUGCAGCAAAGCCUUGCGGUGUCUGUACACCCCGUCUGCAGCAACUGGCUCGCCACCGCAGCAGAGGACAACUCCGUCAAGCUCUGGGACCUCCGCAGGCCCCCCCCCGCAGCAGCAGCAGCAGCAGCAGCAGCAGCAGCAGCAGCGCAGCCGCUGCUGACGAUCCCCGCGCACACCAAGAUGGUCAAGGAGUGCCUCUUCGAGCCCGAGACCGGCAGGUGUAUGUACACCGCAGGCUUCGACGGCCUCGUCAAAGUCUGGAGCUGUUUGGACUUCUCUUUGCAGAAGAGUCUUUCGGGCCACGACGGCCGCGUGAUGGGCCUCGACGUCCUCAGCAGCAGCAGCAGCAGCAGCAGCAGCAGCAGCAGCAGCAGCAGCAGCAGCAGCGGCAGCGGAACUGGGGGCGGGGGGGAUGUGGUGGCGAGCGUUGGCUUCGACCGCACUUGGAAGCUCUGGCACUGCGGAGAGCUGUACGGACACCACAGCGCCCGCGAGAUGCAGCAGCAGCAGCAGCAGCAGCAGCAGCAGCAGCGGGGGGCCGAUUAG